CCCACGGAUCGCAGCCUUUCAAAAGCGCAACAGGCGAGUCAUCCGCGCCUCCCCGGCUGCUCCUCCCCGGCCACCUACUCCCACCUCCGUUGGACUACUUUUAGAGCCUUCCCGGGAGAUAUUUAUUCCGGGACUCCAUCUGGAAGCGAGCGGAACCCGCGUUCGCCCCGAGCCUGGCGGCGACGAGAGCCGGGGAACGUCGGAACGGGGACCGAGGAGGAAAGAAAGGAGAAGCAGCGAUCCAAAGCAGGGCGAUCGGGUUCGGAAAGAAAGGCGCCGCCGGGAGACCGGGUGCCCCCUCCGUUUUGGUCCUGAGGACGGCUGGAGGGUCAGCAGAAUACCUGGAGGGGGAAAAACUGACUUUACACCUUGAUCCUUCAGAAGGAAGGAAGGAAGAGAGAAAAGGAACCUCUACGCCUUUGCAAUUCGGAGCAGAUGUUUGGGGACAUUGGCUUCUGCCUUCUUUAAAAAAGAAGACGAAGAAGGGAUAAGGAACAUGGAUGCCUUGGGCUUUUCUACCCUUUCACCUGAUGCGAAUUUGUCCUUUCUGGCGAACGCAAGUAAUGAGACCUUCAUGGAGUUUCCUCCAGCGUCCAGCAUGAGCUCCGUCUUCAUUCCGAUCAUCUACUUGUUGGUCUGUGCCGUCGGACUCAGCGGGAACACCUUGGUCAUUUACGUGGUCCUGCGUUACGCCAAGAUGAAGACGGUUACCAACAUUUACAUUUUGAACCUCGCCAUCGCUGACGUUCUGUUCAUGCUCGGCUUGCCCUUCCUGGCCACCCAGAACGCCAUCUCUUACUGGCCCUUUGGCACCUUCAUGUGUAGAUUAGUGACGGCCAUCGAUGGCAUCAACCAGUUCACAAGCAUUUUUUGCCUGACCGUCAUGAGCCUCGACCGCUAUCUGGCCGUCGUCCACCCCAUCAAGUCCACCAGGUGGCGCCGGCCAAGGGUGGCCAAGCUCACCAGCCUGGCCGUCUGGACUUUCUCUAUUUUGGUGGUCCUCCCCAUCAUCAUCUUUGCCGACGUCCAGGAAAUGUUCCAUACCUGCAAUAUGAACUGGCCUGACCCUGUUGAGAUCUGGUCCGCCGUGUUCAUCAUUUACACCUCCGUGGUGGGUUUCUUUGGGCCUCUGCUGGUCAUCUGUCUCUGUUAUUUGUUGAUUGUAAUUAAGGUCAAGUCGUCCGGGAUUCGGGUUGGCUCUACAAGGCGCCGGAGGUCGGAGAGGAAAGUAACGAGGAUGGUGGUCAUCAUCGUGGUGGUGUUUGUCCUCUGCUGGCUCCCGUUCUACAUUGUCAACAUUGUCAACUUGAUAUUCAUCUUGCCGGAGGAGCCCGUCCUGGUGGGCAUUUUCUCCUUUGUGGUCGUCCUCUCCUACGCCAACAGUUGCGCCAACCCCAUAUUGUAUGCUUUCCUUUCCGAAAACUUCAAGCAAAGUUUUCAGAAGGUCCUGUGUCUCCAUAAAGGCAACAGCACCGAGGACGGAGAUCCCACUGAGCACCGGCCAGAGAAGAGCAGCCACCUGCAGGACGUGAUGCUGCCGCAGAGAAGCAUCGAAUCCAAUGGACACAUGCAGACAAGUAAGGUGUAGACCCGAUGGACGCAACAAAACAAACCGCAGCCUUGGAGUUUGCAAGACUUGAGCAGGGCAGUUGGUGACAGGUUCUUUCAGAGGUUAAGUUAUUCAUUCAUAGGGACACCACAAGUCAGAUGCAUCUUGAUGGUACAGAACGAGAAGCAGAAAAACCUGUAUCUGCUAAGAGAACUGCUCGUGGACUCAAACAUAUUCAACGGGUGGAGCAGGUGGACUAGUUAAGCAACAAUGGGGGUCAACAAAUCCUCCGUCUUAAUGUGCAAAGUUGUGCUUUCUUUUCCCUUCCUGGUUGAAGAUGUUGUAAGUCCAUGAUUCUUUGUGCCAUGAAAUGCUUUGGAAAAAGGCUGAACCGUAAGAAAAUGUUGGCCAACUGUGUUACCGCCGUCUCCUGGCUGAGCUCUAGAUUGUUGUGUAUAGCCUUCACCCCCAAACCUGCCGUCCCACUGAAAUGACUGAGGAAAAAAGCUGGGACAGGGAGGUGUGGAGGAGAAGGGUGGAGCGUGUCCAUGGAAGCUGGUAUACUGCAGCCAAGAGGCAGAUCUCACAAAAGGGUAGGAGCAGGUAUGAUUCUCAGGGACUGUGAUCCCCAGUGGUCAGUACGAACCAAAAGGGAUAUGCUUCUCUUUCUAUGAUGCUUAACAUCCACUAAGAGGCACAACCCCUUUGCUCAUCCUAAUGGAAUGGUUCCCAAACUUGGGUCCCCAGACCUUGCUGGACUCCAUAUCCCAGCAUUCCUGACCAUUGACCAUGCUCUCUGGGGAUUCUGGUUGCUGUCGCUCAACGACUUCUAAGAGCUGAGUUGAGGAGCCAGUGGCCAGAUCAGAUAGCCAAGGAGCACUUGCCUGAAUCUCCAUUUCUCUUUAGGGUAAUUGUCUGAUAAGGAAAAGAACACAUUGGGUGUCCUUAAUGGGUUGCUUCUAAAGUGACCAUCCCCAAGCUGGUGUGGGUGGGGAUGAGGGUGUCCACCCCCUUUUUAAGACUUGUGAAUGGGCAGAGCUUCGAAACCGCCCAUCAGACUGGCCAAGAGUUGAGACCUUCUGUGAUUAUGAAGCUAUUCCAAGCCAUAGGGAUGAGACCAGCUCCAAAGCAGAGCAUGGGAAGUGUCCUCUGGAGACCUACCAUCCCCAGAAUAGGCUGGAGAAUUCUGGAACCUGGCCUUGGCCAUAUUUAAGAUCAACAGCACCUUCUUUUUCAUAAGUGGGUGCUGCCAUUUGCAUCAUUAAAUCAGAACCCUAGUUUUGCUUUCACGCCCUCCAGCCCCAUGAGGCCCGGAGAUGACUCCGAAAGUGGUGGAUAAGUCCAGAUGGGGGCAAGUUAAUCUCUGUUUCCCAAUUCUGCAGGUUCUUCAAGUAGAAAAAUGAUCUUCUUGCAGUUUGUUUAGGUUUUCCAUUAAGGCACCCAGCAAUACGAGUGUCUCCGUUGAUUCUGGCUAUGAAAGCUGUCAGGCUCUUACAUGUACACACACACACACAAACACACACACACACAAACACACACAGAGAGAGAGAGAGAGCAGAGACCAGUUUGGAAAAGUUGGGGGGCUUUGACUACAACUCCCCAAAACCUCCAGCCAACACAACUAAUACUUUGUCUAGUGUAGAGUGACACCAUGUCGAUAUGUUGCCCUUCUCCACAGAUGAUCAUCCACCUGUCCAUCUCUACCCUUAAUCCAUUGGGUUUUUCUCAAAACGGCUGAACAUUUCCUUCUAAAUUGCCGCCAAAGUUCACAACUCAUUAUGGCCCCAAAGAUCAUUUCCCCUCGCUGCUCGGAGAUAAAAUGUCCAACGCACACAUACGCAACAUGUUCCGUCAACGUGUGGUUUUUUGAAAAGUCGUGUAAAUCUCACCGCCCUUGUUUUCUCUUGCUUCCAAAAUGUGCUCGCAAUGAUGUCAAGAAACAGAUUUACUGUAAUGAUGGGUCAGGCUGUAGCAUUCCAGCGUCCUUCAAAGUACCUUAAAAAUAAACACGAGGUAGGUCCAAACUGGAGGUGGUGUCAGGGAAUGUGUGAUGCCAACUCAACCCACAUCUCGGAUCAAUGUCUCCUUGGUAACUCAGAGUGAA